CCCUGUUCAUGCUCUUUUUUCAUAAAACUCAAAUAUCCACUGUGACAGCAGUGUAUUAACAAUUUAACCAAAUAACCUGCAAAAAAAUAACGUUUGUCUAAAUUGUUUUAUAUUAAGCGAUUCUCUUAACAAACGCUAGACGUCAGUAGAAUAAUUUCCAGAGGAUUUUUUUUUUCGUGCUGUUUUCCGGGAUAUGAAGUGAAACUAUAGCUGGAGCUCUGGACUAAACUAAAGUGCCCUCCUUUAUUCUGAGGUUUAAUCAUCGGCUCAUUUCUGGACGCUGUCAGGAUGUCAGCUGUGAAGGUGACAGAGGGGAGUGUGCAGGUGGAGAGCUGCAAAGCCCCGCUGUUCUACAGACAAAGUGAACCCACCAUAGGGAACGAGAGGAUGUCAAUUUUACUCCUUCAUGGCAUCCGUUUCUCAUCAGAAAACUGGCUCAAUAUCGGCACUCUGGAGACUCUGGUCAAAGCCGGCUGCCGUGCAGUCGCCAUUGACCUGCCGGGACUCGGCCGGUCUAAGUCAGCCGAGGCCCCGGCAGCGGUGGGAGAACUGGCCCCUGCAGGGUUCCUAAAGGAGGUGUGUGAGCAGCUGAGCCUGAGCCCGGUGGUGGUGAUCAGCCCGUCCCUCAGCGGAAUGUACUCCCUCCCCUUCCUCCUCCAGCACCAGGCGCUGAUACGAGCUUACAUCCCUGUAGCUCCCAUCUGCACCGACAAAUUCACUACAGAGCAAUACCAGAGUGUAAAGGUCCCGACGCUCAUCGUUUACGGUGACCAGGACGCUCAGCUCGGAGAGGUGUCGCUCCGCAACCUCAGCAACCUGGCCAAUCACAGCGUGGUGGUAAUGAAAGGGGCGGGUCACCCCUGCUACCUGGACGACCCGGACACUUGGCACAAAGCUGUCACAGACUUCUUGAACACGCUGUGAUGCACCUCGCUGUGUAUGCGUGGAGAGAUCUUCAGCAGUGCAGUCACACAUAAAAGACUCAGCGGAGCCUCACAAAUAAACACAUUAUUCAUUCAUGAGAAAUCUGUUCCAAAAACAUCCGACUACAUGACCUGAUUUUGACUUUUUAAUAGUGUCAGUGAUGGAAACUGCAAAUCAAGGCUUUCUAAUGACCAGGCACAAACUUUUAAUAACAUGAAAUGUAACAAGGAAGGAAAGAAGGACGUUAGAGAGGAAAAUGGAAGGAAGGAAGGAAAAGGAAAGAGGGAAGGAAGAAAGGAAAUACAGGAAGGACGGAAUAAAGAAAGAUAUGAAGGAAAGGUCUGAAAAUAGGAAUUCAGGGAGGAAGAAAGGAAGGAAAUCAGGAGGUAAGGGAUAAGAAAGAAAGAAAGGUAGAGAUGGACAAAAAAUUAACAAAGGAAUUAGGGGAAGGAAGGAAAGGAAAGGAAAGAAAAGGACAGAGGGAAGGAAGAAAGGUAAGAAAGAAAGGUCAGAAAGAAGGAAGUAAGGAAGGACUGACCUGCAUGACCAGGUUUUGAUUUUUUGCUCUUAAUGAAAACUACAAAUCAAGUCUUUUCUAAUAAUGAGGCACAAACGUUUAAUACCAAUAAAAUGUAACAUUUUCUGUCAUUAUUGAUUUCAGGGAAAUUAUUGAUUAUAGAUUUUAUAUUUUCAUUGAUUAUCCUGCUGAAAAAAACAAACACCACACGCAGAAAUGAAGUGAAAAAUAUGAACAUUAUUUAAUAACUGAUUCUCUGUAAUAAACAAUUUGAAAAUA